GUGCUAAAAGGCAAGCUCCUUUAUCACUGGAAGACGAUUAUGACCCUACACGUCCAAAUGAUUAUGAAGAAUAUAAAGAAUAUGAAAAAAGACGUAAAGAAGCUGCUUAUCAUGAAGAACAUUCUAGACGUAGAUCAAUGAGCCCUGAACCAAGGCAACGUUCACCACCUCCAGUUGAAACAUCUGUUCAAGAAACUCCUAGGCCACGUACUCCACCUGCCAAGAUUGAUUUAGAUAUAACAGGUGAAGAGGCAUUUUUACGAAGAGCACGACUGAGCAACCGCGUUAAUGAGACAGUCCAAAAAUCUCCCGAGCCAAAAGCUACAUCUGGACCAUCUUCUGGCGAAGAUUUUGCACAUCGAAUACUUGCUAAAUACGGUUGGCAAGAAGGUCAAGGAAAAGAUGAACAAGGUAUUAAUGAACCUUUGAAAGUCCAAAAAACAGAUUAUAGAUCAGGAAUUAUCGUUAAUACAUCCACCAACAUACCGGAAGCGAAGUCUACGGCGAAAAGUGACACAGCUCCUUCAAAUGUUGAAAUUCCUUCAAGAGUAAUUUUAUUGACAAAUAUGGUUGGUCCUGGUGAAGUGGACGAUACUCUUCAAGAGGAAACUGCUGAUGAAUGCAAUGAAAAAUAUGGUGCUGUACCUCAUGGAAAAUUGCCAGAUGAUCAAGCUGUAAGAAUAUUCGUGAAAUUUGAGACACAAGCGGCUGCAUUAAAGGCAAAGAAAGAUCUUAAUG